AAAAGAAGAAAUCAGUGAUCUAGAUUUGGAAUUUAAAAAUGAUCGCUAUUUAUUAUUGUAAACUUGAAAAUGAUUGAUAAAUGUAUUAUUUCAUACCUCAACAAUUUCCUCAAUUUAAUAAUAUUUAAAGCAGCAACAGUUACAUUGGCAUAAAUGUCAUAACAAAUGUUAAAAAUUUAUUAUUAAAAUUUCUUCUCAUAAUAUUUAAGUGCAAGUGAAUUCUUGUUUCUUCAGAAAUUGACAUAUAUAUUUAUUUAUUAUUUGUGUGAUAUGCAACAGUAUAAUUUAUUUUUAUAUUUAUAUAUUUAUAUUAGAGACUUAGACAGUGUCUGCACCUCUGGCUAUAUUUAUCAGCGUGUGAAUACUGGCGUGAUUGCCAAGCCUUGUAUUACAUACUUUCAAUCCUUAAUCUAGGAUAAAAAAUAAAAUUAAAAAAUUUUAUUAUUAAUUAAAGAUCAAGAUCAAGAUUUCUUCUUUAAUAAUUAUUAGUUAUUUAUUUGUUUAUUUGCUUGAAAAGUUAAGAAGAAAUAUUUCUUCAGGCAUUCUUGUGUCAACACGUGCUUUGGCAAAUACAUGGUUUGAAUUUUUAUUUAAAUAAAUAAAAAAUACGACAUUGGCUGAUCUUUAAUGAGAGUCUCGUCUCUUUUUAUAUUUAUACAUACAUAUAUGUAUUUCUUCUUGAUGCCUGGGCCAAAUUACCUCUUUAAAAACCUUCAACUAUUUUAAAGCAAUUAUACUAACCUUGUGAUUAUUUAAUUAAAAUAAUAAUUAUUUUAUGGAGUUAAAAAAAUUUUUUUUAAGUGAAAAAUAGUAAAUGAACAAGUGAAUUGAUUUAUUUAGUGGCUAAAUAUAUGUACUCUAGUUAUUAUAGACGGUAUAUAUUAACGAUAUUAUGUGUUUUACUUGUUGAUGAAUAAAAGUGGGUUGAAAAUGAAACUCGAUGAGGAGGACAAUGACGUGAUAUCAGCGACUCCCACUUGGUUUUGUAUUUUACAAAAGCUCAAAGAGUUUGCGAUAUUUAUGCAAAAAUAAUAGUAAAAAAUAUUAAAAGAAGAAAACUUAUAGAUUGUUAUUAAAUAGAAUAAUAUUAAAAUAAUUGUUAGGGGGGUAUUUUAAUAUUUAAAUGGAUCAACAAGGGGUGUAAAUAAAAAAUCUAAAUUAAAUGGCACGAUGAGCCAAGUAUCCAAACUCGGGAUUAUUUCUGAUGGAAAAAAUAAAUCAUGUGAAGAAGAAUUAAUAAUUGUAAAUAAUGACGGUUUCGUAUCAGUACGAGGUCGCAAGCUCGACGAGCGGUGGAUUCACCAGGCUUCUUUUUAUGUGGCGGGGAUCUCUUUACAAAUUAAUUUAUCGAGAGUUAUUACUCUUUUUAGUUGUCUUCGGGAUUAUUUCUGUUAUUUAUAGACAUGCUUUAACCACAGCUCAUAAAAGAGCCUUCGAGAGAAUCGUUAUUUAUUGUGAUACAUUCGUUAGUCUUAUACCGCUGAGUUUCGUCCUGGGAUUUUAUGUUGCUUAUGUUGCUGGACGAUGGUGGCAACAAUAUAUGGCUAUUCCUUGGCCUGAUAAGGUGAUGCACUUGGUAGCAUUAUACGUGACAGGCAACGAUGAAUACGGGCGUAUGUUACGUAGGUCAUUGAUGCGAUACCUCAACCUGUCAUUGAUCCUAGUGUUACGAUCUAUAAGUUCAGCAGUGAAGCGCCGGUUCCCGACCCUGGAUCAUGUCGUCGACUCGGGUUUCAUGACUGCUCUUGAACUAGAGCUCUUUCAGUCAGUGCCGAGUCUGGAAUUCAACACUUACUGGAUUCCCUGCACGUGGUUUAUAAACCUGUUGAAAGAAUCGCGUCGGACUCACAGACUACCAGACCCGCAGGGCCUCAAGAUAAUAAUGGAGGAGUUCAACGAGUUCAGAUCUAAAUGCGGGUUGCUCUGGAGCUACGACUGGGUCUCUAUACCCCUCGUUUACACCCAGGUGGUGACUCUCGCGACCUACAGUUUCUUCGUAGUGGCUCUAGUGGGUCGCCAGUACAUCGAAGGCUCCAAGAAGCCUUUUCAAAUGGCUCUGGACGCUUACUUGCCUAUUUUUACCAUCCUACAAUUUUUUUUCUACAUGGGCCUGCUUAAAGUGGCUGAACAGUUGAUAAAUCCUUUUGGCGAUGAUGAUGAAGACUUUGAGCUAAACUGGCUGAUUGACCGUCAUACAAAAGUGUCUUACUUGGGAGUUGAUACUCUGAUGAACCGGUGCCCGCCUCUUGUUAAAGAUUUUUAUUUCGACUCGGAAAAUAUUGUUUUGCCUUACACUGAAGCUGCCGCUGCUUACAAGCGUAAAACUUAUCGUGGAAGUGUUGCCAAUAUGACAGUUCCUGAAGAGAAGCAGACAAUGUUUUUACCGGAUAUUAUCGAAGAAGAAGAUGAAACUUCCCAUCCCGCGACACCUAAAACAUCAUCCGUUAGUUUAGCAACUAAUUCUAAUGAAAGUCCUGGUACAAAUAAGCGCCAGAUCAUUGGGUCACCUUCAGCGACUCCAAAGAAGACUGAAAGCACUACCGAAACAAUUAUUCAGCUGGAUAAUCCAGAACCCGUAGAGUCUCUGGCAUCAGAGCUGUCAAUCGAUCGGAGCCAGCAUACUACAGGGGCGGUGAAAAGAAAUUCCCGGUCGCUCCAGUGGCUGGAGCUAAACCGAAAGCGGUUCAUUCCUUUAGCAAAGCUGAGCCGAGUGAGCGUCCAGCCCUGGCCCAGUGCAACGAAUCUCCAAGAAAGUACUUUGUCCUACGAAACACCCAAAUCUUCGUCGCUACAGAGUCCUCCACCUUCCAUUAGCGUCAGUUGUGGCUCAGACGAGCCUAAUGACGACCUCCAAGGGUUCUUCAACUCGGCGUUCUCCCAAGAACAUCUUCCAGACACUGACAAGUCUCUAAAGCAGCAAGCUUCCGAGGAGUCUAACUUUGCAGCCGCUUCAAAGUCCAAAAAAUCACGGACGAGAUUUUUGGUCAGACGACAGAGCUCGGUCAGCAGCAGCAAGAAGAGAAAAAUAUUCCGGUGGAAGCGUCCGCUGGAUUCAACCCAAUCCAGACGCAAAACUACUGACUGCGUGCCCUCACCUGCUGAUAUUAUUCCUCAGACCAGUAGUUCACCAGAUUUGGAGAGUUUUACAGCUAUUGACGUUAUUGUUCCGCCUCGAGCGGCUUCUGAAGACAGGGACCACGCAUUAGAUCUUUUUACGAAAGAUUAAUAAUAAAUCCUCCAAAAUUCAAUAAUAAAUCCCGGCUUUUAUUUAUAUUUAUAUUUUAAUUAAAAUAAUUAAUGGACAAUUCAGUAUUAGCCAGUGCUGGAGUGAACACUGCUUGUAUUCAUUUAUUUAUUUAUUUAUUUAUACUAUUAUUGUUGUACUUAAAUAAAUAAGCAUGUAAAUUAUGUAAAUAAAUUGAGAUAAUGUCAGAUAUUAAGUGAAAA